GUGCUGUUGAUGAGCAGCCUUGGAGAGACAUCCAUCCGGAGAUCAAGGACCGGAAGAUGGCUGGGAGAGGGUUCUGCCCUCCUACACCCAGACAGCAGAUCCUACCCGAGGUCCCUAGAGAAAAGUGCCUGGCGGGCCUUCAAGGAAUCUCAGUGCCACCACAUGCUCAAGCAUCUCCACAAUGGUGCUCGGAUCACUGUGCAGAUGCCACCCACAAUUGAGGGGCACUGGGUCUCCACAGGGUGUGAAGUAAGGUCAGGCCCCGAGUUCAUAACAAGAUCCUACAGAUUUUACCACAAUAACACCUUCAAAGCCUACCAGUUUUAUUAUGGUGGCAACCGCUGUACAAAUCCCACCUAUACCCUUGUCAUCCGAGGCAAGAUCCGCUUGCGCCAGGCAUCAUGGAUCAUCCGAGGGGGAACUGAAGCCGACUACCAGCUACACCAAGUCCAGGUUAUCUGCCACACUGAGGCCGUCGCUGAGAGGCUCAGCCAGCUAGUGAACCGUACUUGCCCAGGGUUUGUCCCAGCUGGGAGUCCCUGGACAUUGGAUGUCACGCGUGACCUGUGGCGUGAGGAAAGCGGCUGUGAGUGCACCAGGGCUGUGAAUUUUGCCAUGCAUGAGCUCCAGCUGAUCCGGGUGGAGAAGCAGUACCUGCAUCACAACUUAGACCAUCUGGUGGAGGAGCUCUUUCUGGGUGACAUUCACACGGAUGCCACGCAGAGGAUGUUCUAUCGGCCGUCGAGUUACCAACCCCCCCUGCAAAAUGCCAAGAACCAUGACCACACCUGCAUUGCCUGCCGAAUCAUCUACCGCUCGGAUGAACACCAUCCCCCAAUCUUGCCCCCGAAGGCAGACUUGACCAUCGGCCUACACGGGGAGUGGGUGAGCCAGCGCUGCGAGGUGCGCCCUGAAGUCCUCUUCCUCACCCGCCAUUUCAUCUUCCAUGACAACAACAACACUUGGGAGGGCCACUACUACCACUACUCUGACCCGAUCUGCAAGCACCCGACCUUCACCAUCUACGCCAAGGGUCGGUACAGCAGAGGCAUGCACUCCGCCCGUGUCAUGGGAGGCACCGAGUUUGUAUUCAAAGUGAACCACAUGAAAGUCACGCCCAUGGACGCGGCCACAGCCUCCCUUCUCAACGUCUUCAGUGGGAAUGAGUGUGGGGCUGAGGGCUCCUGGCAGGUGGGCAUCCAGCAGGAUGUGACACACACUAAUGGCUGUGUGGCCCUGGGCAUCCAGCUGCCUCACACGGAGUAUGAACUCUUCAAGAUGGAACAGGAUGCCCAGGGCAGGUACCUCUUAUUCAAUGGCCAGAGGCCCAGUGAUGGGUCUAGCCCCGACAGGCCAGAGAAGAGAGCCACGUCUUACCAGAUGCCCCUGGUUCAGUGUGCGUCUUCUGCCCCCAGGGCUGAGGACAUGAUGGAUGAGCACAGAGCCCGCCAGUACGGAAGUGGAGCUGCCUCCCAACGCAGAAGCUUCCUCACCUUCCUAAGUGUGUUCUUCUGCCUUUGGACUAUACCAAAUUGGACCAUCCUCAGAUAGAACUUGCUGAAAAGUUGUGUUUCUCCACACAGUGUACAGAUUCUCCUUAUAGAAAGAAAGGACAUGUGUUCCUUGGAGGCACUUAAGGACCUGAGAAUUGUCACUCUCCUCCCCUCUCUGCCCUCCUUCCCAGCCCUGAGCUACGAGCAGUGCUUGUUGGAAGUUUGCUUUGAGCUCCAUCCAGUCUGACCCGUGGCUGGAGUCACUCCACAAUAGUAAUCGCACUUUAAAACUGCAGAGUGUUUGGCCAGUGUGUGUGGUUGCGCCUUGAGGGGGAGAAGGCCUCGUAUCUUUUCCUCUUAAUGAUUGUUAUAUUUCUGAGUUGAGCUUAGAAGAAACAAAGAUCAAACUAUAACAUUUUAUUCCCUUUUAACUGAGGGUGUUUUCUGCCUUUUCUUUAAAACUCUCUUGCUCUCUUGGGUUUUGCAGCCUAGGAUCCUGUGCCUUGUUCACUUAGGACUGUGAUCAAGACACCUUUUGAUAAAGAAGAGUCUUGAGGGUGGACAUGUAAAUAUGAAAAGACACAGGUUUAUAUAAACCAUCUUUACAGCCUUUAUGCCCAAUUGGAAAGGAUUGAAAUUUUUGUGUCAGAAAUGUUCAGUGAAAAACUAUCUGUAAUUAAAGUUUUAAAGUAAUUUAAACUA